AUGUAUCGUUUCUUAUCCACUAAUAUCAAAAUGCAUAACACCGUCACAUUACAGCUAACAACUAAUGCACCAACAGGUAAGGCACCUAUCAUCAAGAAAAUGUUCUUGCACAAUCGAAAGACAAAUCAACGAUAUCGUCUCAAUGGGGCGAAAGAGACGAAUCGUAAACCAAGGAAAGCUUGUCUGAAUCGAGAUUUUUCCCAAUACAUCGCCUAUACAACUCCUCAAUUACCGAACAAAGUCGAUCUACGACCUUGGAUGACACAAAUCGAAGAUCAAUCGGACGCCAACAGUUGUACGGCAAAUGCAAUGGCUGGAGUCUACGAAUAUCUAAAUUAUCGAACCACUGGGCGUCUCGAAGAUGUCAGUCGACUCUUCAUCUACUACAAUGCUCGAGUUCGAGAUAAUGAUGAUGAUCCUCAUGUGAUUGAUGAUGGAAGUACCAUCCCUUCGACCAUUGAAACCGUUGAAGAAUUCGGCGUCUGUCCAGAGUACAUAUGGCCAUAUAAUAUUAAAAAAGUCAAUACCAAACCGACCAAACAAGCGUAUAGUGUUGCUCCACAGUAUAGCAUUUCUGAGGCACUUGAAGUCGAUAUCAAUAUUAACGAGAUGAAAUCGUGUCUGGCGCAAGGAUUUCCUAUUCUAGUUAUUAUGGAACUGUACAAAUCAUUCGAUAAAGCGCAAUCACAUGGAAUCGUUCCUAUGCCAAAAAGUAACGAAACAAGCCGAGCAUCUCACGGAAGUCAUGCUGUCGUACUAUCAGGUUACAGUGACCAUUCGAGAGCAUUCAUCGUACGAAAUUCCUGGGGAGCCAGUUGGGGAGACAGGGGUUACUGCUAUAUACCGUAUGAUUAUAUCGGCAAUGAUAAGUUAUGCGAUAUUGCUUGGACAGUUAAGAAUUUAGGUGUGGCAACUAUGGGUAACGACGGUUGGGAUGACGAAGAUGAGGUUGAUUAUUUGGAUGAUGACGAUGAAGAUGAGGACGAAGAUGAAGAUGACGAAGAUGCUGACAUUGAAGAAGUUGAAGAAGAAGAUGAGCCAGAAGAUGAUGAUUACGACGACGAUGACGAAGAGUAA